UUAUUUUUGUGAAUUUAAGAAAUAAUUCCAUUAUUUAUUACACAUACAUAAAUAUAUUUUUCAUUUCUAAUUUCGAUAUUUUAUAUAUAUAUAUAUGUAUAAGUGUAGAUGGUAUCCUUAUAUUUUAUAAGGUUCAAGGUUGCACCAUUUCUUCACUUCUUCUCGUUUCUAUAUAGUUUCCUAUAGCUCCCUUUUUCUCUCUUUAUUAUAUAUUUUUUAUAGCGAAUCAUCUUUAGUUUUAAUUGGUAUAUUAUAAUUAGUCGAGUUUAGACUUAAUAUUAUAUCUUUUUGGAAAACUUGAUCAGAAUAAGAAAGCAAGAUAUAAUCAGGUGACGAGGCAAGGCAAUAAUGGAUUUGGCGAAUGAAGGUGAUGAAACGACGUCGUUGGUGGGUGCAUAUGAUGAGUAUUACCAAAUGGGAGUGAGAAGCUUAAUGGAGAAAGAAAAUAUAAAAAAAGUUCCAAACAAGUACAUACUGAGCGAGGCAGAGAGACCAAAUUACAAUUUGGAAAUUAAUAAUACUAACCUCAUCAACUUACCUGUCAUCGAUUUUGCUCAGCUUCAAGCCUCCAAUAGAUCCCUAGUGAUCAAUUCCCUUGCAAAAGCUUGCCAAGAUUAUGGAUUUUUUCAGUUAGUGAACCAUGGUAUUAAGGGAGAUGUUAUUGAUAGAAUGAAAGAUGCAAGUAAAAGAUUUUUUGAGCUGCCUUCGAGUGAAAGAUCCAAGUACAUGAGUAAUGACAUGUGUUCCCCAGUUCGUUAUGGAACUAGCUUCAAUCAAAAUAAUGAUAAAGUGUAUUGUUGGAGAGAUUUCUUAAAGCUUAGUUGCCAUCCUGCUUUGUCUCAAAAUUUUCCUCACCAUUGGCCUUCUUCUCCCCUUGAUCUAAGGGAAGCAGCUGUUGAGUUCUCAUUGGGAAUUAAAUCCGUGUAUAUGAUGGUGAUGGAGGCUAUUCUUGAGAGCUUAGGGCUAAUUAACCAAGAUGAUGAUGAUAAUGAUGAGAUUAAUAAAGAUAUUAGUGAAGAGGGGAGUCAAAUAGUUGUGAUGAACUGGUACCCAGCAUGCCCUGAGCCUGAGUUAACCCUAGGAAUGCCACCUCACUCUGACUAUGGAUUGCUCACUCUUCUUCUUCAAGAUGAACAAGUUGAAGGACUUCAGAUUCAACAUCAAGGAACAUGGCUUAAUCUCAAACCCAUUCCUAAUUCUUUUGUUGUUAACGUCGGUGAUCAUCUUGAGAUAUUGAGUAAUGGAAGAUACAAGAGCGUGUUACACAGAGUGGUUGUGAACAGUUCAAAGUCAAGAAUGUCCAUUGCUUCACUUCACAGCGUGGGUUUGAACUGCAUGAUUGAGGCAUCACCUAAACUCAUCGAUGAAACCAACCCAAAACGCUAUAUGGACACUGACUUCUCCUCCUUCCUCCACCACUUAGCUUCUCGUCAACACAACAACAACAAGACUUUUUUGGAUUCUAGAAAACUAUUUUAAUUAUUAUUAAUAUUAAUAUUAAUAUUACACACCACAUUAUCAAUCCCUUUGUCUUAUAUAUAUUUACCCUACUAUUUAUAAUUGUGCUCAUAGACAAUAUCAAUUAAGAAAAAAAAUAUUGGUUAUAUUAAUAGUCAUUAUUUAAUAAAAUUUUAUUAAGAAUAUGAAAAAUUAUUACU